AUGAGUGGUGACUGUCCUAAGGGGCUGACUGGCCUCUCAGUUAGCACCACUAAGGAUGUCCUGACCUCUCACUAUCAGGUCACAAGGAACAUCGGUAGUGGCAGCUUUGGCCACGUACAUUUGGCUUGUCAUCGCCACACAGGGACAGAUGUCGCUGUGAAAGUGCUGAAGAAAGGAAGAUACAACUCUUCCAUCAAAACUGAGGUGUCCAUUUUGAAGACCCUGCAGCAUCCCAACAUUGCUCGCCUCAUCGAGGUGAAGGAGACAGUCAAGGGCGUUUAUCUCAUCCUUGAAUACGCAAGUCAGGGGAACCUGCUGCAAUAUGUUGUAAAGAGGCACCACCUGCAGGAGACCAAGGCCCGCGAAUUUUUCAGACAAAUAGCUUCGGGAUUGGUUUACUGUCACCAGCAGGGAGUCGCACACCUGGAUGUGAAGCCCGAUAACCUUUUAUUGGAUUCCACCUACACAAUCAAAAUCUGUGAUUUCGGGAUGAGCACCAGGUUCAUGGCAGGAGAGCAGCUGUUUGAGGCAGCUGGUGCUUUGUCAAACCGUGCGCCUGAGAUGUUUCUCUCUGGUAAGUACCAAGGUCCCAAGGCCGAUGCUUGGAGCCUGGGAGUGGUACUGUAUUUCAUGACUGUGGGAGAUUUCCCCUUUCAGGGCAGAGACUUUAAGGAGAUUCGCAAGAAAAUCCUGCGUGCAAAGUACCGCCUUCCAAGGCCUGUUUCUGCCGACUUCAAAAACAUCCUAGGUAAACUGUUGACUCGGGACUCCAGCCAGAGGCCCACGGUGGAGGAGAUCCUGGAGGAUGCCUGGCUGCACCAAGAUUCCCCCAGUCCUCUGCAGGCCCUGCCUGCAUGCCCGAACCCCAAUAUAGUGUCAGCCAUGGUUGCCAUAGGCUAUGACCGUAGCAGCAUUCUCCAGUCAUUAAAAAAUAGAGAAAUCAAUGACACCACUGCCAUGUACUAUUUGUUUGAACAGCAGGCACGCCAGGAGUCUGAUGGCUCUAUGGAACUUGAUCCUAUACAACCAGCUGUUGCCCCUUGCCCAUCUCCUGUAGGUCUUUCCACCUGUCCCGGCCCACUGAGGAGGAGAUCUAGUGCUCCUGCAAGCCUUAGCUCCUUCUCCUUCCUGAAAUGGGACUUGAAUCUGCCCCAGGAUGACAACUCAGCAAAGAAUGGCAGCACAACAGUCUUCCUGCCCACCAAUCCCCUCUUCACCCUGAGGAGGAUCCCAAGCACCAUCAGAGUCCCCCUGAAUGCUCGCAUGGACCCCGAAGGAGGCACGUCAUCUGAGCAUAAGUGCUCUCCAAAAAAUGCCCUUGCAGUUGGGCAACCAGAGGAUGUCAUCAGAGGUGCUGCACGCAGCAGGAGCCGGGGCUGGAGAUGGGUGCCUGGCAGAAUAGUCACCACCCUUCUCAGACUGAGCUGUUUUCUGCCCUGCUUGAAGAAAUGCCACCAAGGAGUGCAAGAGGAAGACAGUGGAGAGCAAGGGGACCUUACCACAGCCUUGGGGGGGAUUUGCCCCCAAGGUGUGGACUGA